AUGGAAGAUGCUGCCAAGCAGUUUAUAAACAUUUGCAUGGAACACGAUGUCUAUGAUUUUGACACUGCUUAUGUGUACAGUGGUGGCAAGAGUGAGGAGAUUAUGGGAGAUAUGGACUGUUUGAAGGAUUCCAAGGUGUUUAUUGCCACUAAGGCAAAUCCUUGGGGAAAAGGUUUGAAGUAUGACAGUGUGUUGGAACAGCUAAAUGAAUCUCUGAAAAGACUGAAAAGAGACUCUGUGGAUCUUUUUUACCUCCAUGCACCAGAUCAUAACACACCCAUUGAAGAGACACUCCAAGCUGUCAAUCAACUUUACAAAGAUGGCAAAUUAAAAUCUUUUGGUCUCUCAAAUUAUUCUUCAUGGCAAGUGGCAGAAAUUUAUUACCUGUGCAAGAUAAACAACUAUCCAUUACCAACUGUGUACCAAGGAAUGUACAAUCCUGUUACAAGGGAUAUAGAAAAAGAACUCUUUCCAUGCUUGAGAAGAUUUGGAAUAGCAUUCUAUGCGUAUAACCCUUUGGCAGGUGGACUGUUGACGGGAAAACAUCGAUACGAGGACAGAGAUAGCGGUAACAUUCAGCAUGGUCGCUAUGCAGGCACGGGCGAGUGGGCUGAUGUCUACCUGAAGCGUUUUUGGAAGAGGCCGUUGUUUGAUUUACUUGACAAACUCAGAACAACACUGGAUCGUAUUUAUGGUGAAGGAAAAGUGACUUUGAUUGACGCAUCUCUCAGAUGGAUGUACCAUCACUCAAAGAUGGACGGUGCUUGUGGAGAUGCUGUUAUUAUUGGAGCCUCGUCUGUGAAACACUUGGAGGAAAAUCUUAAGAGUACAAAACACCCACCCUUACAUGAAGAUGUAGUGGGACUUUUUGAAGAGACCUGGGGCGUACUUCAAGGCGACUGUCCAUUGUAUUUCCGCUGAACCGAAUUUUUAGUCACCGAAGGCUCAUCUGACCUUUGUCUUCAUGUCGUGAUGUUUCCUUCACCGAGAAACAGAUGUACGCUGUACAUCGAAACCAAGAAUUAAGAUUUAUAUCAGAAAAGUGAGGAAAAAACAAUAAGGUACAUGCUAUGGACAUGAGAAAGAAGUGUGAGGACCUAUAGAGACGUUUCUCGACUAAGUUUUACAACCAUCUUCGGCUUGUUUGGACAGAAAACUAAGAAAAUUACAUCUUGGAACAGUGGUAAUGAAAGGUUUUUAAACGGUCGGAUGACUUGUUCUGGCUUCACUUGUCCGCUUUAGUUAUAAAAAAUGUUAUUACGAGGGUGUUCAAGAGUUUGAAGAGAUUUUUAUUGCAAUAGUUUCAAUUUAGGUACCCAUUUAACUGCAAGAUGUCCCCGAUAACUUUUAAGAAAUAAGUGGCCUACUUUCUAAAAUGAUUCGAUUGAUUACAGCAAAGCAUCCUUUAGUACUUUAGUUUUUUGCUAUUACGCUGUGAUUGGCUGACAUUAAGUUCGUACUAUUUUCGCCAAUUACAUGCUUACAAUACUAAAGCCGAUCGGAAACUUUGUCACACACAUUUCCCACGCAUGCGUACUUUCUGUGAUUACCUCGGUAGUUUUGAUAGUUGUCAUUGGUCAAUGUUAUAUUUCUUUCACGUGGAAAGUCACUUUGUUGUUGUAAUUUUCUUUCUUUUUGACAGGGGAGGGGUAGGGGAUUAACUUUUGUAUCAACGACAGGAUGUGGGUGGGUAUUUAUUUUAAAAAUUAAUCCCCCUCUUGGAAACCAAUUAUUAUCAUACUUUGACAGAAUAAAAAAUUUUCGCAACAGA